AACGGGGAGGGUGACCCCAAACUGGGUGGCGACGGCCUCUCCCGACUGCACCGUCAGCUGCCACGUGACGAAGAGGAGUUGGACAAUCUCACCCAAUUUAACACUGCGCAUAACCGCCGCAUCACGAGCAUAGCCGAGCUGCCGCCACCGAAGCCGUUGCGUUCGCAGCGUCGAAUGCACAGCGUGCACUUCAACGACAUUGAAGAAGUGAUCAAUCCCGAGGACGUGGAUCCUUCUGUUGGCCGAUUUCGAAAUUUGGUUCAGGAAACCUUUAUUCCCAACAAGGUUUGUUUUAGACUUACUUGUAUUUUUUUUUCUUGA